UGCACCAGCGAAAUACAACGAAAACAAACCGGACUGUAUAUUUUUGGCACACAACAAAGUUUAGAUAAAAUGUUGCAAGGACACACGAUUUGACACCAGUAGCAAACAUGGAGUCGCUGGAAAAUAGCGUGGAACAACCUGUGGCAUUCCCAGCUAGCGAUGGCCAGCCGGCUACCGAGGAGGAAAGGAAAGUCGUACAGGAGUUCAGCUAUCUCCUGGAAAAGUCCAAGCAGCUUUUUAAUGGGUUGAGAGACCUCCCGCAAUAUGGACACAAGCAGUGGCAGUCUUAUUUUGGAAGGACCUUUGACGUCUACACCAAACUCUGGAAGUUCCAACAGCAAAACAGGCAAGCACUGGACACACAUUACGGUCUGAAGCGAUGGCAGAUUGGCGAGAUUGCAUCCAAAAUCGGCCAGUUGUAUUACCACUAUUACUUAAGGACAAGUGAAACCAACUAUUUGAACGAGGCAUUCUCCUUCUACUCAGCCAUUCGUUCCAGGGCAUAUUACUCAAAAGUCAACCGAGAGAAAGGGCCUGAGUUGAUGGUCAAAAAGUUGCGCUACUACGCCAGACUCAUCGUUGUGUGCUUACUGCUGAGGAAGCUUGACCACGUCAAGGAACUAACUAAGGAACUGAGCAAGAAUGUGGACGAGUACAAAGGCCACUAUGACUCGGAGGAUCAGAUGGAAUGGGCCUUGGUGCUGGGAGAAAUCGAGGCUUUUACUGAGGCAGAUGACAUCAUCACAGUCUUAGACACCAACUCGCGAGCGGUGACGCUGACCUACAGACUGGCCCCGGGUGUCUUGCCCGGUCUGGACACGGGCUCACCUGUCUACCUCACAUUACAGGAAGCGCUCAUCGUGGGCAACUGCCAACAGCAGGUAAAAUUCAGUGAGUUGACCCUGGACAUGUACCGAAUGCUACAGACAUUGGAGAGAGAACCAACGUCUAGUGAACACAUCACUUCGCCCCCGCAUCAUAACGACAACAACAGCAAACCCCUGAAGCGGGACAACCCCCACAAGUAUCUCCUCUACAAACCCACCUUCAGCCAGUUCUACACCUUCUUGUCAGCUGGAUUCAAGGAGCUUCCAGUCAACGCUGCCCUGCUACUGUAUCUCUCUGCCGAUGGAUCAGCGGGGCUGGGCAAGGGAGAAGAUGCAGCCUUUGACUCAGGGGGCGUGGCCACCAAUAAUAAGAGGGAGGGCAACGACCAGCCGGUCAUCAAGAGGUCAAAUAUGCUCAAGGAGACACAUUGUAUACACCCAGGUGAUCUGUACCCAUACACAAGGAAACCCCUAUUCCUGGUGAUUGACAGCCCUAAUAGUCACGCGUUCAAGAAUUUCCCCAACCUAUUCGGUCAGCCGGUAGUCUGCCUCAUGUCCCCGGUGUCCUUCCCCGUCACCAUCCAAGAGCAGACCACACAGAAGGGUAACCUCUUCACCAUGUUCCUGCACUCCCCGCUGGUGGCAUUCUGUUACAUCUGUGACAUUGCCGACGUGCCCAUCGCACUGUGGGAGAACUGCCAGGCGAUGGUCAACAAGCUGAUGGGGGAGGUGGCCACGGGCAUCGGCAAGUCAAAGACCAUAGACCACGUCUUCAUGCAGUUCUACGGCGAUGAGUUUCUGAGGUUACUCAUCCUACGCUUCAUUUUCUGCUUUGCUGCCCUGCGCUACCAUCGAGGCUUCAAGGAUGAUAGUUUCUACCCUCAGAGCCAUCCUGAUCUCCGUGGACACGACAUCUUGGAGUGUAAGACCCUGCACAAACAUGUCCUGGAGCUAGCCUCAAUGCUGGAUGUGAGACCUCUCUUUCUGGACAUCGGUGAAACGGACUAAAAA